UUAGUCUAAUUGGCUGCUCGCGGCGGCCGCCGGGGGACCCCGGUGUCCUUGGACUGCGACACCAGGAGCAUGUUCCACUUUCCUGGGACAAGUCCUGCUGCUGGUUGAUAUUCUGCGCGCACGUUCAACAAAACAAAACGGAGGUUUAAGAGCGCGACGCGUCGCAGCUCGCCACCUCCAUUGUUGCCAUCUUGCCUGAGCUCAGUGGCGGGAAGCCUGACGGGUGUAACUGUAGGAAGAGAGGGCAGCGAAGGUCAGCUGACAACAUGGGACCACAAAGUCGUGCUUCAGAACGCAACAGAGGUGUAAAGAUGGCUCCCGUGCGUCACUGUGAUGGAUAAUCCUACUGAGACCCAGUCGGCAAUCAACUAUAAUGUCGUUUCCGGCCCGAGUUUGCCCAACUGCCUGCGUCUUGACCAAACCGCUGCACUCGGACGGAUCAGCUCUUUUGCUUGGCAGCGGUUGGCAGCCGGUCUCCAGGCCACCGAUCUGUUCCCACUGCUGAAGGCGGACGAGCACCGGGCGAAGUGUGACACGGAGCCGGACCGUGUAGGCAGAAGGAAAUUGCAACAGACUGGCCUCACAUGCAUGGGUGACCGGCAGAGCCCCUUCUCCUGCACCUCCGGCAAAAGAACCCAAACACAACAAGGAGGGGCUGCGCUCCCCUGUCCCUCGUGUUCAUCCCGUUCUCGGUAUUAAACGUCCGUUCAGCCCAUCAGCUCUGCAGAGUGGCGAGCUGGAGCGGAGGGGGUUCGGCGCCGCGCUGGGAGUUCAGAUGGACGUGCAACCAGGCUGUGAAGCCCAGGAUGAGGGCGCAGUACCAGACGAGGGGUCACCAGGGGGCGCCCUGCCUUCUGCCCUCCACCGAGCCAAGAGGGAGAGGAAGCAGCGGAGCUACACGGUGUGUGAGGUCUGCAACAUCCAGCUCAACUCGGCCGCACAGGCCCAAAUUCACUACAGCGGCAAAUCCCACCAGAAAAGACUCAAGCAGAUCAGCAAUGGCAAGACGCCAAGCAGCACAGGUACGUCGGCCCAGGGUAGCUCCCUCCUCGCCUCCCUCCCCGUCCCAGGACGACCUCUGCAGCCUCAGCUCGACCUCAAACACCUCCUGCCCUUCAGACUCAAUGGCUCCUCCCCCCUCAGCCUCUUCCCCAACUUCAACACGAUGGACCCUGUCCAGAAGGCGGUGAUCAACCACACGUUCGGCGUCCCUCAGCCCCUCAAGAAGAAACAGAUUAUCUCCUGCAACAUUUGCCACCUGCGCUUUAACUCAACGAACCAAGCGGAAGCCCACUACAAGGGCCACAAGCACGCCCGCAAACUCAAAGCCAUGGAGGCGCAGAGGAACAGACAGCGGCGAUCCGGGGAGGCCUCAUCCGCAGGGCGAGAGAGAGACCGGGACCGGGACCGGGGCAAGACAUCGACAUCGGAGGCAGCGCUCCCUGCGCUCAUGGAUACAAGCUCGGCGGAGGGAACAGGUCUUCUAGCUGAUCCGGAACCAGCCAUCCUGGAGGUGAAGCUCGAGGAGAGUCCAGUGAUGCUGACGCCAGAAUCGGAGGUUUCCUCUGCCGAGCCCGUCAGCCUUUCCCCUCCUCAGAUUUCGCCUUCCUCGCAGCUCUCGGAAACGGCCUCAGACACCAGCGCCGCGGAGCUCCCAGAGGCCGCCGAGGCCGCGGGCCUGACGGGCGAGUCGGGCAGCCAGGCGGACGCGUCCAGCACAAAUGGGGAGCCGCAAACGGACGAGGACAAGGAUCCCAAGAAGAGCAAGGCUCACCUCCACUGUCCUGUUUGUAAAGUGACAGUCAACUCCACCUCCCAACUGGAUGCACACAACAGCGGUACCAAGCACAAACUGAUGCUGGAGGGUCACAGUGUUCAGCCACGACGCCGGGGGAAGGUGGUGGCCGCCGCUCGCGCCGGGUGCAAGAGCAAGCGGCUGGGCAGCAAAGGCAGCGUCGGGGUGCCCAGCAAGAACUUCCAGUGUGAAGUGUGUGAGAUCAUUGUGAACUCUGAGACCCAGCUGAGCCAGCACAUGAACAGCAGAAGGCACAAGGAUCGUCUGGCCGGAAAACCACCCAAACCCAAAUUCACCCCCCACAGCAAGAGCCAGCCAAGCUCCGGCUUAGCGAACGUGAGAUGGAGCGGCUAUGCAGGCCUGGCCGUGUCUGCCAUGAAGAAAGCGUUCAGCCAGUACAACCUCGCCUCCCUCUCCUCCCUCUCCUCGCAGACCAAACUGGCCUUGCAGAAGCAGCUGACCAAGAGCUUGACAACUGGCUUCCUGCCCAGCCCCCUCACCCAGCCGACUCUGUGCACGAUGGCGACCAACCCGCUGGCUCUGCGCCACCCAGUGGGCGCCACCACCUUCAUCCAGACCCCCUUCCUGGGGCCCGCACUGUUCCGGCCUGCCCCGGGGCCGCUGCGGGCCACACACACUCCCAUCAUCUUCUCCCCUUACUAAAGACUUAACCCACUUCCCAUUUUGAUUUCUCCCCUUUCCCCCCCUUACCCAAACACCCCAGGCCCGACUUCAGUGUGACCCACGAGACAAAGGCCACACGCAAAACUAUGCAGCACGCCUGACUUAAGAUGGAACCAGUGCACAAGUCCUGACGGCCAAUAGGCCACAAGGCCUGAGAGCUGUUCCUAUCAUAAAAGGCCAAGACCCCCCCCCAUCAUGCCUUCUCUCUGCUCCUCUUAUCAUGACCUCAGGAGCGGGACGGGCCUCCAGACAGUGACUGGUGCACAGAGGCCGCUUUUAUAGCCAUUUCAUGGGUCGACAUGGUUUGGAUUAUAGAUAUAAUUGUGUAAUUUAUUAGAGAACAAAUAUAGACGAGUCUAGAUGUAUGUUUAGUGUGGUUGCCACAAAAUAAGGUCCCUUUACUUGAUGCUCUUUUAAAAUGUUUUUAACUUAUUAUGUUUGAAAGGCGGGAUGAUCACACAGUAGGUCAUUCAAUCAGCGGAAACUACGGUACACUCCUGUAUGACUGGACGCGCGGUUGAUGCUCAUUGAUCUGUUGAGCCUUCGUCAAACAACUCUGUGAACAAAUACCCCUUCUCAACUUUAAACGUUUAAAGAUAGGAGUCCUCAUCCUGGGCGGUAUGUGGAUGUGUAACUACAUACCGUAUAGCCAUAUGCUAAAUCUUUGUUAGCACCAUUUUGUACCUCAAGCCCCACUCCCCAAAAGUGUCCCUGAGCCCUCCACGACAUUUCUUCCGCUCUUUCUUUCUUUCCUUCUUUCCUUCUUUCUGAGUCACAGCCAUAUAGUCAUCGCCCUCCAGAUUAGUUUUCCUUCCAUGUAUCCCCAGCGCUCAUUACGGUCCAGAGAAGGUCAACUUGUCAACAUGACUUUGUUUCAGUUUGUAAAAUCUGUCUUCUUCUUUUUUUUUUUUCUUUUCGUUCCGGGUCCAGUGCAUCGUUCACGCGACGCUGCUUGAACAUUAAAUUCUCGCCGAACUAGCAGCAUGAACAACAUUUUUAUUUUUGCAGCGAAGGAUGUCUGGCAUUGCACAGCGCCAUCAUUUCUUUCCCCCCUCCCUCGUGACGGCUCUUUGUCUUUUCCUUCCUCCUUCAACCCCGCAGUCGUCACCUCUCCGCUGCCCUUGAUUUUCUCUGACAUUAUCUCGGCAUGAGAUGAUUAGGAGCCCCGCACCCCGACAUGCGCACGCACACACACACGCACGCACGCACACACACACACACACACACACCCAUCGUGAAAACACAGCGUAUAACUUGAAGACUUCAUGGGUUUUUUGUUUCCGAGCUCCGUGAAAAGUUUGGAUGGCGGUGGGUGGGGAGGCUGCUCAGCCAGCGGGCCACUUGAUAGACAUGCCGUUGCAGCGUCUGCAUGCAACGUGGGAGGGAGAAAAAAAAAAAGAAAGAACAGUGCCAUGGCAACCACAUUAAAA